GGGUGGUUGUUGACCGAUAUGGAGUACUCGUCUCCGGCAAGGUACCUCAGCAAGGCGUUGUUGACAAGGUUGAGAGCUAGUGGCAUGCAAAGCCCAGUGCUAAUGUGGUAUCCAACUUCAUCAAUUUCAUAGCUUACUCCAAUCAUAUACUCAUUUGCAAACUGGACCGAGUCGAUUUUUCGCUGAGUGUCCAGCAAGAUUGGUCCACAGUUUGGUUCCAUGAUGGAGACUUGGUAACCGUGGCCAGCACGUUUCUGUGCCCAUCUGAGAUGUUCCUUGCUCAUUGAGAGUCAUCAGUUUGCACUGUCGCGAAGAAGGGAUCUUUGGAUGCACUAUUCAUUACGUGGAUGGUGAUUGGAAGAUCUAUUCGUUCUGAAUGGGACCUUAUGUUUUGUCACGCGGGGCAGUUAUUGUCAUGUGCUCGAAGCACGUGCUGUGUUCACGUCAAAAUAAAUCGCCACAGGCAGAGUUGUGUUGCGGUAUAAAAGACGGAAACAUGAGCACAAGAAAACAGAAGUAAGUACACGGUUCGGCUGCGUGAAAUUGCAGAAAAAAAUGGUUAGAUAUGUGACGGUCUUCAUCCUUGUGAUGAUCUUCGCAGGAGUUUUAGGCAAGGGUUCCAAAGGACCCAAAACUCCAAAAUCUCCGGGACAUCCCACCCCCAAGACCCCCAAGACUCCUCCCACGCCAGGGAAUUGCUUCAGCCCAAAAUAUAGGGAAUUGGAGUACAAGACGGACGAAAUUGUUGUAGAUACGCAAGGUUCUAGCUAUCAGUCGUCGUCCACAAUUGCCUUGUACUUGGCCAAUUAUACGGCGUGUGUUUUGGAGACCAGAGUUGAAGGAGACACGUCUUCAGUAAUUCAGACAAUUUACGAUUACAAUGACUUAAAGGAAUACGUAAUAAGCGAGGACGGAAAUUGCACGGAGCAAAGUAUACCGGGAAAUAGAAGUCUCGCAACCGACUUUCUUUGCAUUCCAGGAACGGCCACAUGUGACGAUUACGUUACUCUCGGAGUUGGCCGAGGGGACAUGGACGCUUUUAUCUGUAAAAUGGACAAAGAAGAGGAUGGGAUGGUCUACAAUUACACAUACAUUACCCAAGCAAAAUCAAACUUCCUGGUAUUUAAGAAGAUGUUCGGAAUAGGCGCAGACAACGGGACAUCCAAAGCGACACUCUUCGAGACAUUCGUCGUGAAGCCCAACAAGACAGCCAACAAGACAGACGACGGGAAAGACGACACACCCACAGUCAGUAUAGCCAGCCAUACGUAUUGUGCAUACGACCUCAAAUACUCAAUAACAGAUCCAAGCAUGUGCAACAUACCUCAGAGUUGUACAACAACAAAAACUAAAGUUCCUUAUGAUAGAAGUUGGGAGGAGGCGGAAGUGAAAACGAAGAACAUUCGUGGUAGAAGCUGGGAGGAGGCAGAAAUAAAAAUGAAGAAGAUUCAAGUGCUCUGAAACUACAAAAGGAAUAGAAAAAAGCAUAACAAAAGAUCAGUUUGUGGAUGCAAAAACAGAAAAGUUCGACAAAGAUGAAAUCAAUAUUUAAAUAGAAACGCGAUUUAUUUUCCUAUUUACCGGCACGCACAGACACUUAAUAUUUUACUCUGUACAGAUUUAUUUCUUUAAGGUACCUUAUACAUGCGUUUUUAUUUUUGAUCACACCAGUGGUUAUUUCAGUAACAUUUAAACUUAAUAAAUUGAAAAAAUUGACAUUUAAGCACGGGAUAUUCGAUUAUAAUAUAGGGUUCCCAACUCAGUUUUAAAGCCCAUGAACUGGUCCUUUGUUAUAGUUUUCAAAAAAAUUGACGCUUUAGCCGGAAAAAUUGACUAUAAUAUAAAAUGUCUGACUCAGCUUUAAAACAAAAUGAAAGCCCAUGGUCAUGAAUUAGCCCUUUGUUAUAUUCACCACUUAUCGUAACUGCUGCGUAUGCCUUGGCACAUGUCUGUAUAAACGAAAAUAUUAAAUAGCAAUGACGCAAUGCCUCUCUAUACACAAUGUUUCAAAACACAUGAUGCAGAAAUUUAUCUGGACUGCUGAUAGACUUUCGGCGACGUGGAUGAAGAUUAUGUUGAUCACGCUUUAGCAACUCCUUAAGUUGUGUUAUUCAUUUCAGAAAGAGAAUACGAAUCAUUGAUUUAUAAUGAGCAUACCGCUUUAGCCCCAUUCCCACUUGUCACUUGUAUAUGAGUAGAGGUUACAUUUACCUGAAUCUUUAUUAAAUAGCUAUGAAAGCGUAUACGCAAUGCAUCAAAACACAUGAUGCAGAAAUUUAUCUGGACUGCUGAUAGACUUUCGGCGACACGGAUGAAGAUUAUGUUGAUUACGUUUUAGCAACUCCAAAAGAUGUGUUAUUCAUUUCAGUAAUAGAAUACAAAUAAUUGAUUGAUAAUGAACAUACAGCUUGUUUCACUCUUGUCAUCUGUAUGUAAGGAAAGGGUUCAUUUUACUGAAUCUAUAUAAAAUAGUGUUGAAAGCGUAUACGCAAUGUAUCAAGACACACGACGCAGAAAUUUAUCUGAAUUUUUUCGGCGAUGUGGACAAGAAUUACGUUGACUACAAUUUAGCAACCCAGGAAGAUGUACAAUUCGUUUUUAGAGAAAAAACUCUCAUUGUUUCAAAUGUUUUGACAGUUUUUAUAUACUAUUAAACCAAGAGAUAAAUCUGCUUAAAAUGUAUCAAUAGAAUAAUCAGGUCUAUGUGUGACGCAGAAAUUCGUUUUAGUUGUUUAAAGAACAAACACUUGAAGAAUAUGCCGAAUAGUUCCUAAUUAUUCAAUAGACCAACCAGAUGUAAAAAAAACAUGAGCUGCUUAAAUAAAAAAAAACAUUGAUAUAUA